AUGGAGGGUUCUCCUUUGGAGUUCACCUGGGCGGGCCAAGCACUCCUUGCUGCUUCCACUAGCAGAAGCAGCCACAGCAGCAGCAACCCUGCAGCGCAUCCGACGUCCCCCGCACUGGCAGCAGCAGGAGGAACAGUUGCAACGGGAGCAGCAGCAACUGGCAAACAGCGCAAGCCGCACAUCUUCAGUUUGAUUGACGAAGCCUUCCUGCGCGCUGCUGCUUCCCUCUAUCAGCAGCAGCAGCGCCGAGUGACGCAGGAGCAUAUCUCCCAGGGAGAGGAGCAGCGGGAGGGGCCGCAGCUGGCGGAUCAGCACCAGGAGCAGCAGCAGCAAGAGCGGAGGGAGCAGCAGCAGCACAGUCAGCACCAGCAGCAGCAGCAGCAGCCGCAUCAGGGGCACGAUGAUGCAGCGCGCAGCCUCUUGUCGUUUAGGGAGCUGCUGCCUCGAGAAGCUGCUGAUGGAGAGACGCCAGCGGCUUGCCUCUUCCUCGACAACACAUGUGCUGCUGCUGCUGCAGCGCAGCAGCACGUUUUGCUGCCUCCUGUCCAUGCUGUUCUGCUCCUGGGACCCUCAGGCAGCCCCAAAGCAGCGCUGGCUGCUGCUGCUAUUAGCUACUGCUUCCAUAAGCUCCAGAAAGCAACAGCAGCGGAGUCCGAGGAUCCAGACGCAGCAGCAGCAGCAGCAGCAACAGGAAGGAGAGAAGCAAUCAGUUCUAUCAGCGACUUUAUAAACAGAAUUUGCAGGGCCUGGUCAUUGCUGGUGCGAGGGCUUACCUCAGUGGCAUCCCCGCACUACAGCAGCAGCAGCAGCAGCAGCAAGUGGUUUUCCCAGGCCUGUGUCUCGACACAGUUUGCUCUUCGCGCCAGAAGUGGGUCAGCAGCACCCCGAGCAGCAGCAGCAGCAGCAGCAGAAACAGCAGCAGCAGCAGGUGCUGUAGCAGGUGUGGCGAGCGUCCCUGAGUGCCAGGUGUACGUGCACCCUCUAUUCCUCGCCGCUGACAGAGCUGCUGCUGCGCCGGUGUUUGGUGCUGCUGCAGCAGCAGCAGCAGCUGCUGCUGAUGACUCCGCAUCAUUUGUCCUGCUGCAGCUCGUGAGGACUGCACUCCUGGAGGCCAGCAGGGAAGCAGCAGCGAAAACAGCGGGCGCAGCUGCUGCUGUUGCUGCUGCAGCUGCGUCAGUGCCCAACGAAGCACCCAACGCUGCAGGUGCCGCGGCAGCAGAAGCAGCAGCAGAUUUUGACCUUUCGAAAACGCGGGCGAGCGAAGCAGCAGCAGCAGCAACAGCUGCUGCUGCUGUUGCGACGCUGCUGCAGCAGCUAGCUGCCCCGGAAAGGGAAGAAGCCUCAUGGCCUUUGACCUGGGGAACUGUUAGCAGCAUUUUGUCUAUUUUAGGUGUUUGUUGCGAAGUGAAGCAGCAGAUAGCUAGAGGGCUAAUUGUUGCUGCUGCUCUACCCUGUAUCUCCUUCACGCCUCCAUCAGGCCACAGCAAACUUCAAAACAGAAGUGCUGCUUCAGUAAGCCUUUUGCUGCUGCUGCUGCUGGUGCUGUGUCAGGUGGUGAGGGAUUUUUUCUUUUUCUGUUGUUUGGAGGCGAUGGGGUCAGGGGCCGACGAUUUGGAAAACUUGUUUGUUUCUUCUCCAUUCUUAUGCUUCGAUUCCGACCUAGCUCCUAUUGCAGCAGCGCGGCGCGCUGCUGCUGCUGCAUCACAGGUGUACAGACACCUGGUGGGGUGGGUAGCAGAGCUUGGGGGGCGUCAGCUGACAGCCCUCGCCGCUGCAGUGCAGAAAGCGCCUGCAGCGGCUCCACAGGGUGAAGAGUUUGUGCUGCCUUGCUGCUGCAGCACGUGUGCAGACUCCAGAGAAACUGCAGCAGCAGCAGCAGCAGGGGGCACGGCAGCAGAAGCAGCACAAGCUGAGACGCGAAGGCUGCCGGAGUGCCUCUUCAGCUCUCUUUCGAGCCACUUUAGGCCUCGCCCGCCCUCGCAGUCAGAGUUUGGAAGAGCAGCAGCUGCAGUAGUGCUGCUGGAAACUGUGGACUUCCUGCCAGAUAAUGAGGAGGACGCCACAGCAGCAGCAGCAGCAGCAGCAGCAGCAGCAGCAAGCCAUGCGCCGCGCUUCUUCUCAGCGGGCCUCAGUCGCCUCUGUAGCAACUUUUUGAACGAGAAGCUGCUGCAGCACAUGCAGCAGCAGCUGCUUCAACAACUUUUGCAGCAGCAUUCCGAGCAGCGAGUACUCUCACCUAGAGAGACUGCUGAACUGCAUCAAGGCAUGGAAGAAUUGCUGCAGCAGCAAACGCUGCAGGAGCAGCAACUGCGUAGACAGCAGGAACAGCAGCAGCCCAGUUCUGUCUUCAUCUCUGGAGAGGAGGAAGCGGCAUCGCCGGCUCUGGCGCUGCUGGAAGGCCGCAGCAGCAGCAGCAGCAGCUCCAAGAAACAGCGGCAAAUCAGCGUGUUUGGGUUGCUCUGUGAUGCUGCGAGGUCUCCCAUAAUCAGAGACGAGCAGAGGGAUCAAUUCUUCUUCCAGAAGCUGCAGCAGCAGCUGCCUGCAGCAAAUUUGGCUCUUUGCCGCAGCGUUAGCAGCAGUAGCAGCAACACAGAUAGCUCUUCUCCUCUUUCUCUAACUCUGAGGCAUGCGUGGGGCAAUUGUACGUACACUGUGGAUGGCUUUGCUGCUGGGGUUGUUCGCUGCAGCACAGCAGCAAACAGAGCGCUGGUGAACCUGUCUCCUCCGCUGCUGCCGUGGCUGCUGCAGCGCCUUGCCGGCGCUGCAGGCAGCGACAGAAGCAGCAACAGCAGCUGGCUGCUGGGGGCGACGCCUUCGCUUCCUGCAGCUGCAGCAGCGCUGCUGGAUUGUCUUUCUCCCCCUAAUUGCAGCUGUUCUUUUGCCGUUUGCCUGCCAGCCACUGUGCUGCAACAGCAGCUGCUGCAAAGAAGACUUUUGCUGCCGCAGCACGCGCUCCUGCAGCGACAGUGGUUCCCGGUGUCUGUACACCUGAAGACUGUGGAAAAAGCCGCAGCGGAGCUGCUGCUACGAAAUGGCCAUCCUGCACCGAACAGUCCGGCUGCUGCUGUUGCAGCGGUAGCUGCAUUUGUUGCUGCAGCAGCAAGACUGCGCAACAGUGAAGCCUCUUUGCCUGCUGCUCUUACUGAAACAGAGUGCAAAGCCGCCACUUCAGAAAUAGAGACAGCUGCAACAGCAGCGGAAGUUGCAGCAGCAGCAGCAGCAGAGGCGCAGCGAGAACAAUCGGCGAGGCCCUGGAAAUUGGGCACCUCUGCAGUGUUCCUGUCUAGCAGCGCAGCAAUGCAGCUUCUCGAGGUGCAGCAGUGGCUGCAGGAUGAGGGAGAGGGGGAGUGGAUGGCAGCUGCAGCGGCUGCAGCAGCGGCUGCUGCUGCAGCUGCAGAGAGGCGGCAGCAGGUCCGCGCUGCGAUGCGGUCGAGCAUCUUGUGCGUUGCUGUUUUGGAGAAGCUGCGCAAACGCAGCAGCAGGAGAAAAGCCCGCGAGGCAGCUGCAGCAGAGGCAGCAGCAGCGGCAGCAGCGGCUGCAGCCGAAGCGAAAGCAGCGACGGAGAUUUCAGAACUCAGCGAUGCGGCACCGACAGAGACGCAGCAGCAUGUCGAAGCCCCGCAGCAGCAGCAGCGAAUGCCGCAGCUGCUGCUUGUGGGGAGGCGCGUGGACGAUCCACCUCCCAGAUCUGCUGCAAGUGCUGCUGCGGCUGCUACGCUAUCCGAGAACAGCCGCAUCCGGAAGGUACUGCGCAUGCAGAACCAGGCUCGGGACGACCUGGAGCAGCAGCAGCAGCAGCAGACGGGUAAAGAGGGACGGCUGCAGCUGCAACAGACGCCAGAGGAGGGUCAGUUACAGCGGCAGCAGCAGGUUUCGCGCAGAGCAGCAGAAGCACAGUCUGCCCUGCACGCCGGCAGCAGCAGCAGCAAAGCUGCAGAGCAAAGCCAGCAGCUUUCUGUGGAAGCAUCUGAAGGCGAAGCAGCUGGUGAAGGAAGCUGUGACAAAGUGGCAACAGCAGCAGCAGAAGCAGCAGCAGGAGGAGCAGGAGCAGCUGCAGCAGACCCUGCACAGCAAGAGGCGGUUGCGACGGUAGCCCGAAGUAACCAGGCGAGGUCGCAGAGACAAAGGCGGCAACGGAGACGCCGUGCCUCCCGAGCAGCGUCCGCAGCAGCAGCAGCAGCAGCAGCAGCAGCUAGCGCCCCUGUAGCAGCAGCUUUAGUCUCGCACCACCCCAAAUUCUACCCCGCCCCCCCGCCCCCUCCACU